UGGUGCCGAAACCACCAGCUAAACGAGUGAAACUUCUCGACAUCAGUACACAUAGAAGCACCCAUCAAAAUAUACGUGAUAAAGGCAAUAGAUUCACCACAAAGACACAGCAUGAAGAGAACACACCUAGUGAAAACAUAAAACCAAGCGAGAAUGAGAAUAAGAGUGAAGUUUUUCAUGAGGAACAAAUUACAUCCGACGACACUAACACGGUAGCAAGUAGGGUGAGAGAGUGAGGACCAGUGAAGUUGGGGCUGAGUCUGGGUGGGAC